AUGCCUGGGACAACCCCCGAGAAAAGACGGAAGAGAUUAAGGAAUCUAUCAAAAAAUUCGAAUGUGAAAAAGCCUAGCGCCGCCGCAUCCAAAAGUCUUCAUAGUAGUUAUGUCAAAGUAAAUAUUACUAAUGAUCCGCCUUCUUUGGAUUUAUACGAAAUCAAUCAUAAGGCGGGACUAGAUGAAUACAUGUUUCAGGGAGACAUCAAUUUCGAUGAGAGACAGCUUGAUCAAAUCACAUCUUCACUCUCUGCGGGAAACCGAAAGAAGCGACAAGUAUCAAAAGUCGCUCCUUUGUGGCCCGAGAAAAUUGUUUAUUAUUAUUUUGAUAGUGUUAAUCCUGUUGGAAGUGAAAUAAAAGAAACUGUACGAAUCGCUAUACAGUUUUUGGAAUCGAAAACAUGUAUUAAGUUCGUCGAAGAUCAAAACGCUUUUAAUCGAAUAAGAAUUAUCAAUGGAGUUGGUUGCUAUUCGAAUGUUGGCAUGACAGGAGGGGAUCAGGCUCUUUCCCUUGGCUCUGGAUGUAACUUGGAUGGAAUUGUUGCUCAUGAACUUUCGCACGCACUAGGUGUAUUCCAUGCCCAAAUGCGCUCAGAUCGUGACGACUAUGUUACUGUUGAUGUUACGGAUGUACCGUUGGAUCUGCGGCAAAAUUUCAUCAAAUUCACUGAAGCUGAGUCGUUAAAUUACACUGAAUAUGAGUACGGCAGCUACAUGCAAUAUAGCAGCCGAGCAUUUGUGACGUCCGGCGGCGUGGAUUCGAUUGUGCCCAACGAUCCGAUUUACGUGUAUACAAUGGGCGGAAGGAUUGUGACAUUCUCAGACAUUAAAGUUCUCAACACUCAUUAUUCGUGUAGUUGUGAAGGAUCUACACUGGCCUGCGAGAAUGGUGGAUAUCCAAACCCGGCAGAUUGCUCCGUUUGCAACUGCCCUUACGGAUUUAGCGGACAAUUGUGUACUGAAAGGCCAGAUUAUCAAUGCGGAUCAACACUAGCAGCAACCGACAAAUGGCAAUCGGAAUCUUUUACGUUCGGAGACGAAUCCAAUAUAAAAAGUGCCCGAACAACUUUUGAUUAUUGUGUCUACUGGAUAACAGCGCCGGUCGGAAAACAAAUCCAGUUCAGAAUUGAUGAAGCGACAAACACUCAGUGCGGUUACGGGUGCACUUUCAAUGGAAUCGAGCCAAGAUUGAAACUGGAUCAAACAAUGACUCAGCCGAGAUAUUGCUGCGACGAAUUCAACGGCGAGAUUCACAAUGCUGAAACCAAUCCAAUGCCUGUGAUUGCAUACAAUCGAUACUAUUUGACAUCUUAUAAGUUUUCCUACAAAUAUGUUGAUAUGGAAAAACCUUCAUGUAAAGAUUUGAGCGACAAAGAAACCUGCUUAAAAUUAAACAACGAGCAGUGUUCCCUUUACAAUCAAUCCCAAUUGAAGGUUAUGUGUGCUGAAACUCUAGGUUUAUGCGGGAAAAUGGUUAUGGAUGUUUGUGAAGACCGCUUUACUGAUAAAGAGUGUCUUGAUUAUAAAUUAUCCGGUCGAUGCGCUUCCGAUGCCCCAUUAAUUGCUGAGUAUAACUGUGCGAAAACUUGUGGAUUUUGCGAAACGCCUGUAUAG